ACUCUAGUUAACAUCCACUACAUCGUUGAAAAAUCAAGCAAAGGCAACACAAACCAAUUCCAAUCUCUUUAGAUGUAGGUCAACAAAACAAAGAUUUGGUACAGACAUGAGGGAUGGCAAAGACAAAAUGAACAAGAAAAAGAAAAAGCAGAAUGGACCCAUGGAAGCCACUUCAGGUCAUCCUUAUAUGGCCAUGACGAGUCACAAAAUGGUUGAUAUGGGAAAAGAAGCUCAACAGCAAAUGGGAGAAACUUCUGUAAAAACUCCUUUACUACCCUCACCUCGAAAAGGAUCUGGUAACCAGUCCUCAGGAGAUUCCAUGUUACCAUCAGCAAAGCAGCAAGGUGGUGUUAGAAAAGAGGGGAUAACAGUGGUUCUCAGUGGUUGCAGCAGAGAAGUGGAAUACCACAGUAGGAAUGUGAAUCAAGGAGGACCGUCAAAACAUGGACCAGAGGGAGCCAAAGCCAAAAGUAAAGCCGAUAAAAAAGGAAGACAUGGUCAAGGGCAAGCUAUUGACAGAAAGCAAGCCAGCCAUGAUAAAUAUUUGACUCAAGGAAAAACUUCUAACCAAAAGAGUUUUAAAGGAACACUUGCCAACAAAGAUGAUGACUCCAUUUUGAGGCUGCUUGCAUCACACAGAAUUUUUGAGCUGAGGAAGAGAAACUUGAGUUUUCCAAAUGCUAGAUUCUUCUGUCGCCUCUGUGAAUAUCAUCUUGACACUAUUGAGGAUUGUGAAAAACAUCUCGGAGAAAAUCGUCAUGAGCGCAAAAAAGAGGCAGCUGACUCUGAAGGCAUCCUGCAGCAUAUUCCUGAACCAACCACAGAUCAACUACAAGCUCUGAAUGCAAUGCUUGAAGCUGUUGUGCUGGAGCAUGGGCUUUCAUCUGUAGAACUGCAAAUGCGACAAGAUGCUGUUGAUCGUCUUCAGAAGUUUAUUUCUCAGUUCAAAGAGGGAGUGGUGCUACAGCUGUAUGGUUCAUCAAGGAGCAGCUUUGGCUUAAAAGAAAGCGAUGUUAAUAUUGAAGUAUGUGGCAAAGGACCUGCUCCAAAGCUGCUGUUGGAUGUUUUUAGCAUUCUUCACAAAGAGCAGGGUAAAGAAUUCAUUAAUGUUCAGAGUGACUUUUUGGCCAAGGUGCCUGUGGUGAAUCUGACAGAUGCAGCAACAGGUUUAAAAAUUGUGCUUGGCAUUAAGAGUCAUUCAGCUGUUCUCACCAGUGACCUCCUACAUUUGUACAGUCUGGCUGAUCCACGGGCCAGGAAGAUAGCUGUCAUACUACGCUGCUGGGCUAAACUUUGCCAUCUAGAUCGUCAGGAGGAGGGAACUUUGCCACCAUUUGGCUUUGGCAUUAUGGCUGUAUAUUUUUUACAGCAGAUUAAGCCCCCAGUUCUGUGUGUGUUGACGGAUCCAAAGGAGGCUCCCAGUAAUCCCAGUUCAGAGCCAGUAACAGUGUUUGAUGAGUUCAAAGAGCAAGUAGGGGCUUGGGCUUCUUCCAACAAGAUGAGUAUUGGGGAGCUGUGGGUGCGCUUGCUCAGGUUUUACUGUCUAGAGUUUAAUAGCAUUCAGCAUGUGGUCUCGAUCCGACAGCAGGAACCACUACAGCGUUCAGAAAAGAAGUGGCAUUCCAAGAGACUUGCCAUUGAAGAUCCUUUUGCACCAAAGAAGAAUGUUGCCAACUCUAUGGGCAACACACUUAUAUACGAGUACUUCCAGGGGUCAUUAAGAAAAGCAUAUUAUUAUUAUGGACUUCCUAGAAAUGCAAGUGGAGAGUCUUUGGUUUCAAUCGACUCAUUAAAGGAACUGGCACAUCAGAGAACUGUUCAGCUCUUGAAAGAACACCAGGAAGAAAAAGACAAAGAUUCAUGUAACAAGGAUGCAGCAAGCAUAAGCAUGAAGAUAGAUGCAGAGAAAACCAAAUCCAAAAAUACUUCUCACAAAGAGAAAAAGAAAGCAAAGGUUCAUUCAGAAAGUGAUGAUGCAACACAAGCACCGAGUAUUAAUGCAGAUAAUGCAAAAAUAAGUAAAACUUGUGAAGCAGGUGGUAAUUGUGAAACCGAUGUAAAUCUAGUUAAUUCCAGGUUGCCUCUUGAUGAUAAUGAACACCUUAAACUGGUUAAUGGAAAAUAUUCAACUGGUGCUAUUACAACCAUUAAGAAACAGGCAGAAAACUCACCAGAAAGUCAGAUUAUUAGCAUUAUUAAUGGGCAGGAAGGCACAAACGACAAAUCAGAUCUGUGCUCUUGCAAAAACAUUGGUGGCAAUGUAACAAGGGAAGAAAAAGCAGGAGAUGCAAUUGAUGGUGAACAAGCUGAUGUGAUGAAAGCUGAUCAUUCUUGCAGGGAAGAGGAGGCAAGAGGUGCAGCAAAAAUAGACUCAACUGGUGAAAGGAAAGUAGAAGACACCUUUAUAGUAGGUGCAGCUGAAACUAGGGGAUCUUAUACCAAAGAUCCAUCUACAGAGACUGAUGCUGCGGAUUGUUCAGACAUUAAGUUGUUUGUGCAGGAUGGAAUUGUGAAUGCUUUUCAAACACAGAAAUUACUACUUGAUAAUGAGCAGAUAGAAGACACUGGCAAAACUUUAGGUUUGGAGGAUUCAAGUUUUCCACAUGACCAGAUACAGGGAUCACCAGUUCAGACACCAGGUUGUGCUGGUGAGUUGCCAAAUAUAGCAUCAAGAGACAAAGGCUCAAACUGUCAGAGUGAAAUUAUCACAGAUAGGGCAGUGAAAAGAUCAUCUGUAAACAGUCAUAUUUUAGAGAAAGGUGUAGAGUCUAAAGAAUCUGAGAACAGUCAUGCCAGCAUCAAAGAAGCAGCUGCAGGACUAGCUGCAGGUGAUACAGAGUCAGUGGAGGAGGCUUUGAAAGAUCUUAGUUUGAACGAUGACAGUACUGUAGAUCACCAGUCAAGGAAUGAUGUGACCAAACUGAUUGCCAGCCAGUCACACCAGACUCACCAGGCCAUUGAGAAUACUAUAAGAGUUGCAGACCAGUAUUAUAACCAGGUGGUAGAUGCUGAUGAUGAGAAACUGCAAAACUUUGCCAGGGAGUAUGCAGAGCUCAUUGUGGUGAAGGCACGUCAUAGUCUGCAACAGACUCUCACUUGUGACGAGCAAAAAAGAUCUUCGCAGCCGGAUGAAGGAAGACUGGUGGUCACCAGUUCUGAGCAGAUGUUGGGAGACAGGGUAGAUGAAUCUCUGUCCCAUUCACAUGAAUAUCACCAGGAUGCUAAAGGAGAAACUAUCGCAAAAUCAAUGCAGAUUUCCAGUGCUGUAGAGGUCUUUCACUGUGUCUAUAAGUUCUCAGAAGAUGUGUUCACAGAUGGAAAGGGCCCAGCUGUUAUCUGCAGCUAUUGUGAACAGGAAGGACACCUUAAAAUGAACUGCCCUGAGGAUCAGCUUCCCCCAGUUGAACCCUUACCACCAAUGACAAACAGACACAUGACCUUACUGAAUAAAGUUGUCAGCCAAAUCAUCUAUGACUUUGGGCUGAGUGAAGGAGACUUCUACAAGAGAAACAACCUUGCAAUGGAGCUAGAGGCUUUUGUGCGCCAGAUAUAUCCAGACGCCCAUUUUUACUUAUUUGGAUCAUCAUGCAAUGGCUUUGGAUUUCAAACAAGUGACCUUGAUAUUUGCAUGACCUUGGAAGGGAAGACUGUAGAAGAUCUGGAUGUGGCCGAGACCAUAGAGAAUGUGGCAAAACGACUCAAACAAUAUCGAGGACUAUACAACAUUAUUCCCAUACCUACAGCCAAGGUGCCCAUUGUUAAGUUCACAGACAGCAGAACUCGCCUGGAAGGGGACAUUAGUCUUUACAAUAUCCUUGCCCAGAGAAACACAGAACUGCUACAUCACUACUCUCUUAUUGAUACCCGUGUUCGUCAGCUAGGAUACGCUGUCAAGGUCUUUGCCAAGGUGUGUGACAUUGGUGAUGCCUCUCGAGGAAGUCUAUCAUCAUAUGGCUAUAUCUUGAUGAUGCUGCACUUUCUACAGCAGUGCAAUCCACCAGUCAUACCUGUCCUGCAGGAAUUGUAUCCUCCAGGACAAUCACCAGAAGUGCUCGUGGAAGGCUGCAAUACAUGGUUCUUCGGUGACUUAGCAAGCUUGCCCAAAGUCUGGAAAUUCUUCCAGAAGAAUAAACAAACCCCAGGAGAGCUGUGGAUAGGGUUUUUCCGCUAUUACCUGGAAGAAUUUAGUUGGAAGGAGAGGGUCGUGACAAUCCGGCAGAAAGCCCCAUUGACCAAGUUUGAGAAACUCUGGAAUGGAAAAUGUUUAGCAGUGGAAGACCCUUUUGACCUCAGUCAUAACCUUGGAGGUGGGCUGUCUAGAAAGAUGAACAAUUACAUCUACAAGACUUUUGUGAAUGGUCGUGCUCUCUUUGGCACCCCGCAUGAAAUGAAUAUGCCUCUCUUCAGUCGAUAUCGUUCACCACCGGAUUACUUUUUUGACAGUGAUCUGCUGUGUGAUGGUAAGCCACCAAAUGACCGAGGCUGUCGGAUGUGUGGGAAAAUUGGACAUAUGGUGAAGGAUUGUCCUAAUCGCCGACCAAGAAAACAAAAUAAGGGGCAAGAUGAAAACAGGGGGAACAAUGACAAGCAAAAGGUCACUAGUCAAGAGCUACAUAACAAGGACCAAAAUCAAACAAAACAAUCGAAGCAGAUGGCAAGCAGCAAGGUUCCUGCAUCUCCUGCAGAGGGAAAGAAAACACCAAAGAAAGAUAAGCAAGAGGUAACAUCUAACAAGACUUCAACCGUAUCUACCACACCAGCCAUCACCGCCACUUCUGUCAUCAGCAGCAGUAGCAAUGAGGGUCCUCCACCAUUGCCAGCUCAGUCGCAGCAGGCCUGCAGCAGCCCACAGGCAACAUCUACCAGUGUUCAUACUCCUUCCCCUACAAGCUCAUCACAAGGAAGUAUUCCCCAAGCACUGAGAAGGAUCCCAUCAGGUUCCCAUCCCCCAGGGAUUCCUGUUGAGCUGCAGCAAUUGUUUAACAUGUGUGGAGGAUCUGAAUCAAGUCUUAGUCAGAUAUUUACAGCCUCUGUUCCCAUACCUGGAGUCAACCCACUGUCUCCACUCUUGCUGAACCUUACACCUGAACAGCAAAUGAACCUUCAGACUUCUGGGACUGUUUGGGGUGGAUCACCUAGUAAUGGUGGUGAUCUUAGGAGCAGGGACAAAGAGAGCCCCAGUCAAGGCCAGGAGCACCGUCCUACCACACCAGGGGCUCCAGCUGGAAAGGUUCAGGAGGAAGAUUGUGUCAAAUCUUUGAAGCCCAUGCACCAUCCCUCUUUGUUUGUACGACCCACUGCGCAACAGUCACAAACACAGCAACAGCAACAGCAACACUUAGCUCAACAGUUUCAACAACUUGCAGCACAGCAACAGCAGCACCUAGCUAAGCAGAUUCAUCACCAACUCCCGGUACAGCAGCAAAAUUCUUCAUUGUCCCAGCAACAACACCUUCGGAGUCAGCUAGCACAGCAGCAGCACCUUGCACCACAGCAGCAACAGAGCCAUGCAGCAACACAGCGGCCACCACAGCAGAUGCAUCUGACCCCAGCACAGCAACUGUACCCACUGUUGUUAGCACAGCAUCUGCAACUACAGCAAGGCCAACAGCAUCUACCACCGGCUGCUACACUGCAGCCUCAUGCACAGCAGCACCAGUCAGACAAAGAGUCACAGAGUAUCCAGGACCACAAACAGCAGCAGGCCGCCUGCUUAGAGUUUUGCUUUCAGCAGCCAGUGAGGCCACCACCCUUCAUAUUUUCAAUGCCACCGGGUUUAGCAAGCCCAGCAUCCACUCCCUCACCUGCAUCUGCACCAGUGUCUGGUGUGAAGCCAGCAUACGUCGCCAUGCCUGGUGUCUUACCAAGGGGCAUGCCUUGCCGCCCUCCCUUAUUCAUGCCACCUGUUAUGCGAAGAAGCUCUCAACUUUCGCAUUGGCAACAAGGAGCUCCUUUGCAAAGUCAACAGAAUCAACCAGAUCGUAGUCAAAGUUCCCCAAACACCAGUAACUCCCAUCCAGGCAGCUCCUGAAGCUCAGAGACUUCAUUCAAAAAUUACAUCCAAAGGUAUCACCCAUGCUGCUAACACCUUUUUAUUUAAGCAUUAUGUGUUUUAAUCUAAAAACUUUGAUGUCCUUUAUUUCAAAUACUAAAUGUGUGCCCAGAGUUUGUAUGCAGUAACACUUUAAAAAAUAAUUGCACCUUGAAAACUAUAUUUUGUGUCAUCAUUCAACAUGAAAUCUAGCUUUUCUUUUCUGAGGUAAUUUUGGAACUGCACACAGGGGUCACAAAGUUACAAAAAUUAUAGUUUAUUUUUUUUUCUGGAUUUAACCUUCAGUUCAAAUAUAUUUGAGAUAUAUAUAGUGUAGUUGUCUAGGUUUAAUAGAGUGGUAUCAGAUAAAGAGAUAGAAGAGAUAGUUAUACGGGAUGAUGGUAUCGAGACUGAACUGGCUGUAAAUGUGGAAUUUAGAGUGUGAUACUGUUUUCAAUGAACAUCUUAAGGACGACACUUGCCUAUCACACCAUGGGAAGGCAUCAAUGUGGCAAACAUUGUAGCUGAUAUUAUUAAGCACCAAAGGCAUGCAGAGAGAAAAAUAAACAACAGCAGCAGCCACAGUGACAGUGUUCUGAUGAUGAAUAAAUAUGUAGAGAGCUGUAUUUGUGUGGAGAAAGAAAUAUUUUAAAUACACAGAGCACACUAGUAUUAUAUUUCUUGCUACAGAUGGUAUCAUUCUUUUUUGGGGGGGAAAGGAGGAUUCUUAUUGUGACUGCAAAACCCAAGACAUUGCUUCCUAUCUCAUGUCCUCAGGUGUAUUUCUGAGAUUUUUCUGUUUGUAUGAUUGAAACUUGAGGUCUGUUUCAUUUUUUGAGACAUCUGCUGAUACUGCAACAGGCUGCACAACACAUACUAGCAUUGAGACUAAGUACAGGUGAGGAGAGCUGAAAUCUGUAUGAUGUUUUUAAAGAAUAUAUAUUUGUUUUAAUUCCUGUCCUUUUACCUGCUUUACAAGGUUUCUUUCCCUUUAAUUGUCUCUUCCUUUUUGUUUGCUUUUUGGGGGAAGCUCCAUAACCUGGUGGUUAUGGCGGUUGCAAGAUCAAGGCCCAUAAUUGAAAAAGAUUCUCUGAUCAACUAGCAUUUGCUUAGCAGAAAUGGGAAGGCUAGGGCAUCAGAAGUGACAAUGUUAGUGCACCAGAAGGAGAGGACUGGGCUCAGUCUAUAUGCUGCAACCUGGCAUAGGGAAACACUUAAUCACUGCCCAUACAACCUCCAGACUAUGGGUCUGAUCUUCACCCUUGACCUUCCUUUAGCUCUCAGCAUCUCUGUGCACUUUCCAAAAUGUCUGGACAAGGUAAGAUUGGGCACAGUUAUCUUUAGCAAGAAUUUAAAUCUUAUCCUUUUGCUGUAAUAUAAUGGUUAUGUUGCUUCUUCCUCCCUUGCAUGUAAAUAUAGGCAGAUGUUUUUCAGAGAGGUCUUUCAGAAAAUAAUUGUAAAUGACUUAAACCCAAAUAUAAAUAUAUAAGUGAUAAUUACAAGAAUACCUCAUUUGCUUGAUGAUGAGGCAAAGAAGGAAUGCAUUGUCUGUAUGCUGGAUCACUAAAUUUCAUGAUUGUGACCAUGUUUCCAUAUUAAUUUUGCACAUAAACUUCCUGCCUUUCCAUCGGCCAAAGAAAGCAGAAAAGGCAGAGCACAAUGCACAGAACAGUUUAGUAUGCUACACACAUUUUUUAUCUAUCUAAAAGGCUUAGUGUUGAGUGCAGAUGAUAUAAGUAUAGAUAAGCGACCAACUAUUUUGCAAAGAAAUUAUCAUUCUUAAGCAUUCACCCAUGGAUGUUCAAAAUGAGAAUGAAGCUAUCUGAGGCAGAGGGCAAUUCCUUACCAUUUUUCAUGUAGAUUUAAAAAACAACAUCCAGUUCUUCAGCAUCAGAGCUUAAAGAACUAGUAGGACAUAUACUUUUUCUGAUGAUUGCAUAAAGCUGUCUGUAAGGUGCUAUUUUCCCAAAGCUGGAUGAAAAGCCCCUUUGUAUUCUUGACAUACACGUCUACAAACAUCACUAAGAGAUCACAUUUGUGACAUGGUUUUACACAUUUUACACACAUAAGAAUUCACAAGUAAUCCCAGCUGUCCCAUUGGCAGGUUUAUAAUGUAAAGAUAUCCAUGAACAAUCCUUGUGUUGUGGACCUCUUUCUGUGCAUGGUAACAUUUGUAGAUAUGUCAAGAAUGAAAGGUAUUCAAAUUUUGGAAAAUGGUAUCUUUACUCAUAGAAGAAAUUUGCUCCCCCACUAGUCCUUUAAGACCAAACUUUGUCAUCAAAAUAAUUGGCUGCAAUGGUAGAAGGCAAGCUGUCAAAGUCUCCUUAUGGCAAGAAAUGAUUCAAGUGUGCUGCUGUAACUGUGGUUGAGUUAAAAUUAAAAGGUCCUUGAUACAUGUUUGUCAUUUACUUACUGCUGUUAGCCAUAUUUUGAAUAAUGUACCAUUUGUAUUUUGUGCCAUGAUGCAUCAGUUGAUGUUACUGCCUCUUUGGCUAGAUUCUGCUCACAUCUGUUCUCCAUGAUGACAUCGCUGUGCAUUUGUUUCAUGUCAAUCGGCAAUGACUUAGAUCUUUACAUGCUUAUGCAUCUGCACUUACAUGACAAGCUGCAAAAAUAUGUGGGUUUUUAUUUUUUAAAUAAUCUUAAAUUAUGAGACCUUCCAACCCCUUUACAAAGCAGCUCUUGUAAGAAUAUUUCUGAAAACUUAGAUAGCUAUAUUCAUUUGUAUUCUUCAGGAACAUUUGUCUAAUGUCAUGAAAAUAUUGCAUGUAUUAUUGCUUUUCUCCUUGCUUGUUGAUUGCCAAAAAAAGUUUGUAUGACCUAACAGAAUAUUUAUAUACUUGUGAAUAUUUAAUAUUUUAAUGUAGUAUUAAUUGUUUCACUUUUGCCUCUGAGUUUCUGGAAUGUAUUGCCCAAAUAGAAGUUGUAAUGUUAUCAUAUAGUCCGUAUAAUGGAGCCUCUUUUUAAGUAACAUUUUGCUGUAUAACAUUCCAUCUGGAUAGCCCUUACAGUUAUAUUUGUCACAGCUCUUGACCUGCAAGUAGCUGACAAACAUUUUUUAUCAGCACACUUUAACAUUGCUUUUAGUUAGGUUUUUUCCCCCUCAGUUUGUUUUAUUUGUAUAGUCAACAUAGUGAGGAGUUUUGGACAAGUUAAAUUUUUAACAUUCUCUGGUUAAGGUUGGUAACAUUGUUUAGGGUAAUUUGAAAAUCUACCAGUGAAUGGUUUAAUAUUAGUUUCUUAUGAAGCAAAAAGCUUAGGUGAUAAAAACAGACUACUCAG